AUGCUGCAUGGAGACAACAGCAUCGAUGAGUUGGACAUCCCCUCGGCCUUCCACGUCGACGAGCUGGAGCCUGACGAACCGGACACAUUUGCGACGCAGGCUGUCCGUGAGCCGGUGGCGUUAUCAGCAUCAUCGACGAGCUUCCGCGAUUUCGCCGCCGCGAAUGCGUCACCCUCAUUGACAUCUCAGCUCGCUGGUGAAGGGAUCGGUCGGACGCACGUGGACCUGCCCGUUCAACGGCGCAGUCUUUAUGACAUGGUGGACUCGCUGUCCGAGCGCGGAUCAAGCCCCGUCGUGGCAGCGGCGAGUCCUGCUGGCCGCCUCACGGAGCAAAACUAA